GUAGAGGCAGGGAUUCAUCAGUAGUAGAGGCGCCCGCCGCUAGAGGAGGAAGAAGAGGAAGAGAGUAAGAAACAUUUCAUGACGUAGAAAUACAGCGCCACAGCAGUUAGAACCCCAGCUAGCCUCGUUAGCCGGUUAGCCUGCUUUCGGAUAGAAGAUUAUUGACAACUUCCUGGCUCAUGUUGGCGGGUGUUUUAUCUGGUUAGAUGGUCCAGCGGCCGUCCCGGUGCCCAGUAGUACUUUGGUUUUGUUUCAAAAGGUAGUCGUCAUGUCAGAGGAGGAGGAUUUAUCACCAAACCUUCUGACACAGGGGAUAAUAAACGGCAAUAGCGACUUCGUAGCUCCAGAGGGUUUAUGCUGGGUGUCAGUGCUGUCCUGUCUGUUGCUCGCUUGUUCUUAUGUCGGCAGUUUGUACGUGUGGAGGAGUGACCUGCCGAGGGAUCACCCUACUGUGAUAAAAAGACGCUUCACCAGUGUCCUGAUCGUGUCGGGACUGUCACCUCUCUUUGUGUGGACAUGGAGAGAAUUCACCAGUGUCAGGACUGGUCCGUCAUUACUGGCUCUUAUGGGCAUCCGGUUUGAGGGCCUUAUUCCCGCCAUCAUAUUUCCUCUGGUGCUCACAAUGGUCCUGUUUCUGGGUCCCCUCAUGCAGUUGGCCAUGGACUGUCCCUGGAGCUUCAUGGAUGGGAUCAGGGUAGCCUUUGACCCGUGGUUCUGGAUGUUGUGUUUCAGUGACAUGCGCUGGUUGAGAAAUCAGGUGGUAGCACCGUUAACAGAGGAGCUGGUAUUCAGGGCCUGCAUGCUGCCCAUGUUGGUGCCCUGUGCUGGCCCUUCAAUUGCCAUCUUCACCUGCCCUCUCUUCUUCGGAGUGGCUCACUUCCACCACGUGAUUGAGCUGCUGCGGUUCAGACAGGGGACGCUGUCGGGGAUCUUCCUCUCUGCAGUGUUCCAGUUCUCCUACACAGCAGUGUUUGGGGCCUACACUGCUUUUAUCUUCAUCAGAACAGGUCACCUGAUGGGCCCAGUCCUCUGCCACUCCUUCUGUAACUACAUGGGUUUCCCUGCCAUCAGCACAGCCCUGGAGCACCCGCAACGCCUCACCGUCCUCUCCUCCUACCUGCUUGGGGUCAUCCUCUUCCUCCUCUUCCUCUUUCCCUUCACUGACCCUUCCUACUAUGGCCUCCCCACACCAGUCUGCACCCUCACUUCCUCUCCCAGCUCCCUCUGCCUCUCUUGAUCCCCCCCCCACACACACACACACACUUGAAGCAGUCGAGGGUGUUUUUGCCAAGUUAGAGAUCAGGUCAGGUCCAGUUUGGACCGACAGCGCGAACAGCCAUGUGAGCUAUGUUGCCAUGGAGAGGUGAGGAACUCUGUAGCCAUUUUCUAUGGUCUAUGAACCCUCAUUUUGUCAAGACAUUUACAUGACAUGUUUCAGUGAAUCAGCUGAAGCUCUUACACAGAAUGACCCAGUUUGCAUGGGUGUGAUUCAUGUUGAUGUGAGUGAACUCAAGACUGUCCACUCUCAAGGACAGCUUCUGUAAUUGCUGGGCUACGCUGCCACCCUGAAAUGUGAUUGUAGUGUAGAUAUACGCAACACUGAAGGACAGUUCCUCUUCAGAUCCUUGUAUGCUGGUAGAUCUCAUCAAUGAGAUAAAGCAUCAUAAUGUACCAUUUUGGUGUACUCACUUUCUACUCAGUCUGCCUCGUCUUUUUAAGGGAUAUUUUUGGUUUAUUUUAAUUUGGGUUUUAUUUUUGUAGUUUUAGGCCAUCAUUCAGCCAUUGGCUUUAAUAUCUUGGUAUUGGCCAACAGUUGGGCUCAAAGUAUUAUCAGUAUUUCAGGUGGGCUCACUUUCCAUUUUUCCACUUCAAAUGAAGUGGCUUAGAUAAUCCAGACAAACUGUUGGUUUGUCUGAUUGGCUGACUGUGAUUCUUUCCCCUCAUAACUAGUAGUAUGAUGGCCAAAACUAUGAAAAUAAGAGUUUUUUUCCUGACUAGUCUUGACAAAGUACUAGCUUUCAGGUCAGGUUAGGGACAUUUUGUUGUGUAAAGUUUUGGGUUUAGGUACAUUAUGGGUUAUUUUCAAAUAUCAAUUUUUGCAUUAGCUUGGCACACUAAUAGGCAGUAAGAAAUAAAGUAAUGAAAAAAUAGCUUCGAGCCUCAGUUGGAUCUAGAAAACGUGGGUACUGGCUGGGUUUGGUUACCACUCCUGUUGUAAUAAUCCCAGAGCUCUGCUUUCUGCAGGGGUUGUUGGAGAAGUAGUUUUUCCAGUGAAGACAAUAAGAGUCAGAACCCUUACCACAAACUCAACAUGUCUUAUGGCUGCACCGCAUUCUAGUCUAUAGAGGCUAAUGGAGAUGUCAAGAUUGUUCUGUGGGAGAUAGCCCUGCUGUAGCUGGAGCACAGGGAUGCUGGUAUCAUGUGGAGGUAGUAAAAAGACACUGUUAGGAUAAAAUGGUUGCAGGAAUGCAAUAUACAUCACAAAUAGUUGAUUUUAAUGGUAUGUUUUUAACAGUGACAUUAUUCUUCUCUAUCAGAUUUCAGACUCCACUUUUCUGUUGUAGAGAAUUGUUCUGCUUCAAUUGGACAUUGUUUAGUGUGUCAGGACAUAUAUAUAUAUAUAUAUAUAUACCUCUGCGUGUUUCAUUGCUGGUAGUUUGUUGUUUUGUUGUUGAUAUAACUUACGAGGGGGUCACUGUUCCUAAUGUCUGAAACAUACUCUAUGCAAGUGCACAAGUGCAAAUGAUAAACUCUUUAUAGAGACUGCUGUGACAGCUGUGAAGAACCAAACAGGAGCACAAAUCAAAGCAUGCCUCGUAGUGACACUUCAAGCUAAAGCUCACACUUGGGUCAUGCUAAGGUCCUGGUCACACCAGCAUUUUCAUGAUUGGGUUGUGAAGCAAAGUCGGUAUGUGCACAGCUUUCACAUAGACUUAGGCCAUAUAACCCAGCCCUAAUUCACACCCUUCAUCAGUUGCAAACCUGUUUGCUGGCACUGAUCUUUGAGUACAGCUGAAUUACCAACUGGGCAAAGCAGGCAACUGCUCUGGGACCCUGAAAGCCCCCAAGUCCAUGGUGUCAAUUUGUCUUAUGUGAUCUGAAUAACUGCAAAUUUGGUAAGGUAAAUUUGUUCUGCUGAGGGUGCUUUCACACUGGUUUGUUUUAAACGAUCUUAGAGCUGUUCAGUGUAUUUUUUUUGGGCUGGUGUAAAAGAUGCCAGUCAAACUUUGGUGCUCACCAAACAACCAGGACAAGACCGCUGGAUUAGGUUCUUUUCCCUGAUCAGUCACUUGGUCAAAAGCAGUAAAAGUUGCAGUGUACUGUGCUUGUAUAUUCUAUGUACUUCAGCAGUUGAAUUCAUUAGAAAGUGAGUGAUAAAGGGUUGCUUUUGUCCAGACCAAAUGAACCAAGCUUCAGGUGUGAAAGUUUGUAUAACUGCAGUUUUAACUGAGGCAAGUCCUUAUUACCUCAACCUGUAGCACUAUCCUCUACAGGUGCUGGAGAACAGAGAAGGCUGCCUUUAAUUAAAUGAGAUUAAAAUAAUAACAAAAAAAGGGAAAGAAAAGAAAAAACAAGGCUAAAUAAGGUUAUCUGUGCUUCUUUUUUUUGUGACCAGGCACCAACAAUUUUAGGUGAUAUAUUUUCAGAUAUAUAUGAUAUAUUUUGGUAAAUAUCUAUGUCUGUGCCCUUACACAGAGUAUGUUUUGGUCUUAAAGAUGGUUAUCAUUAUAUGCUAUCAAACCCAAGCUGUUUUUCAAAGAUCUCUGAGGUCCUCUAAACCCUGUUGACAUACAGUGUGUUCAGAAAGUAUUCGGAUCCCUUUAUUAAAAAGGAAAAAUAUCACCCUGACAGAAGUAUUCAGACCCUUCACUAUGACUCUUGUAAUUCAAUUCAUUUCUCUCAAUCAUCUGCAGUCCACCUGUGGUAAAUUCAGCUGAUAGGACAUGAUUUAGAAAGACACACACCUGUCUAUAUAAGGUCUCACAGCUGACAGUGCAUCUCAGAGCAAAAACUAAGACAUGAGGAAGACGGAACUGUCCUUCUGGAAUUUUCUCCCAUCUCCACACAGGAUCUCUGUAGCUCAACCAGAGUAGGCAUCAGGUUCCUGGUUACCUCUGUUGCCAUCCCUGAUUGCUCAGUUUGGCUGGGCUGCCAGCUCUAGGAAGAGUCCUGGAUUGUUUCAAACUUCUUCCGUUUAAGAAUUAUAGAGGCCACUGUGUUCUUAGGAACUUUCAGUAGAGCAGAAUUUUAAUAGCCUUUAUCUGAUCUGAGCCUCGACACAAUCCAGUCUCUGAGCUGUGCAGACAGUUCCUUUGACCUCAUGUCUUGGUUUUUGCUCUGAUAUCAUUGGGAGCUGUUAGACCUUACAUUGACAGGGUUAUGUCUCUCUAAAUCAUGUCCAAUCAGCUGACCAGUCACGGUGUAGAAACAUUGAAAGAUCAUCCAGAGAAAUGAGGGCAACCUGAGCAAAUUUUCAGGUGUCACAGUAAAGGGUCUUAAUACUUAAGUCAAUGUAAUAUUUCAGUUUGUCCUUUCAUCCAAUAUUUCUAAAAUUCUAUUUGGCUUUGUCAUUAUGUGGUAUGGGUAUUGAAUUAAUUUUUGCGCAAGGCUGCAACUAGUCACUGUUAAAAUGUGGUUCUAUACUUUGGCUAUCUGUACAGUACAUCUGUAGGUUUUAAAAGUGCAACUUUGCCUCCUGCUCCAGUCUGUUUUGUUUUAGUUAUGUAUUGCCAGUAACUGAAGGGAGCAUAAGACCCUAACCCUCAGGUGUAGUUUAAUAGAAACAGUAAUGCUCCAACCACUGCAUUACUUGCUGCUACUUGUUAUUUUUAAUACAGAACCAGGAAAAGUCAUUUGUGUUUCCACAUGCACACACCAUUACUACAAACAAGUUCUAUACAAUACUCCAGUUGAAAUUGGUUAGAACACAGACAGUCAAACCAUCAUACAGAUUCUAAGUAAAUCCACAGUGAGCUACAAUUAUCUAAACCACUUACUUGUACAUGAAAACAAAUCUGAAGGACUGUUCACUGUAUGUAUAUUUUCAGCACCUGGGCUCAGUUUUGAGUUUCAAAACUCAGGACAGGGUAAGCACAGAAUCCUUGCUCCUGCCAUGGCAAGUUGUUCAGUUUGAGUGCUAUCUGGAUUUGCAUUGAUUUUGCCAUGAGCUGUACCACACACUAUGGCAGCUGUCACUCAAAUAUGUAGUUAGGAUGAAUUAAUAGUUGCAUUUCCACUGCAGGGACUUUCCCAGGGGAACAGAAACCUUUCAAGGAAAUCAGCUCCCCUACCUGUGUUUCCACCAGAGUAACCAGGGUUUUAAUUAAGCUCCAGGGAGAUAGUUUUACCCCCCAAAAAGCUCCUGCUUGGGAGUGCAGUACUUUCUGAAGGUCCAGACACUUUUGGGGUUGGGUUUGCUGAGCUGAACAUUGCUGAUUGGUCAGUACAACAUAUUAAUGCACCCAGCACUUUUAAAAACCUGCAACUGCAAACAGGCUAUUUGACUUAUAGCUUAUGGUUGACAAUGAUCAGGAUAGAGCAGCCCAAGAUAUGUAUAUAUAGCUUUACAGGUCAUCAUCAUGCUGUAUUUUUAUAUAUGGUGUGAAAGGUGACCAUUAUGCUUUUGAUACAUCAGCGAGCUGUUGUUUAGCUUUCCUGGGGCUUUGGCUCUGCUGCGGAAACACAAAUCACCUGACCUGAGUUCUAGAGAAAAAUCAAAGUUCUUGGAACGUUUGGUGGAAAAAUACCGUCUGUGUUAAAAAAAAACGAGCCUGUCCUGAACUACGUUGUAGAAUUGACAUUGUGUUCAAUUGUGGAGUCUCCCCUGCCUCAGUCGGGUUACAGGCUAAUAAGUGACUCCAGAUUGUUGUUGUGGUAAUGGUUCUGUAAGGUAUUUGCAUUUUUAAAAGGCAGUGAACAGUUACUCAAUAACAAUUUUUCCAUCCCUGUUUCGAUGCAUAGAUCAGAUUGUUGGUAUCAUGGUUAUCUGUCCACUGUGGCAAAGUUCCCCAAUUUUGCCUUAGAAGUGCCCUGUAGAGGUUCUGACUGCACUAUAGGGUCAUGUCUUUUCGUGUGGGACCUGUUGUGUUGGGUGGCACUAUUCACAUUCUGCCUCUUUUUUCAAGUUUUCAGUUGGAUGACAGGUGAUGACAGUAAGGUUACCAGAAACCACAAAAUGCCAAUAAAGCCAGGGAGGGAGAAGGCAGCUAGCUCGGAAACAUGGAUGGAAACAAUGAAGUAAGGAGAAAAACUGAAUAGAAACCAAACUUUUGUUUGUUUACAAAAAACCUCCACAGGGCACCUGUAAUAUAGAGGACUAUAAAUGCCACAUGAAAAUGUACCCCACAUUCAAAUGGUACCUUUAAUUUAGAAUAAACAGAGACAGUCCUGAAUUGGAAUAAUUUGUAAUGAGCGCACUUUAUCUUCAGCAGACCAUAACAACAUAGUUUGUCAUUUAAUGUUAUCAUAACCUAGAGCUAACAACAUGAGACUCAAGUUGUCAAAAAAGAAGACUUCUAUUUUUUUUUUGACAGUUCAAGUUGUAUGCACUGUAUGUAUAUGCAGUCUAGAGGUGAUAUCAGGGGGUGUCGCUUGUUUUUCUUAGUUUGAUUUUUCCUUAGUUGAGUCAUAGGCACAACCAGCUAGUGUCUCUGCUGUGAAAUAGUUGAACUGUAGACAAACACUGUUUCUUCAUUGGAGCAGUAUGAUCGACUCAUUACCCUCUCCCUCCACUUGUUAAAGUUAUUUCUAGCUUUAAGUUGGUGUUAUUUAAGGUGCUUCUGAGAGGGAUAGGGGGAACUCAAAGUGGCAAAAACACUAUAAGCUAUACUCAUACUGUGAAGAAGUGGAUUGCUCUGGUCUUCAGCAAUAAGUCCUCCAUGUGGGGAAGUUAUUGGGUUUAGUUUAUGUUAUCAAGCAGCAAAGCAGUAGAUUCCCAGGAUAAAACAAGGCGCUAUAUGCAUAUGAAUUAUUCUGGACAGUUGGAUUAUUGCUGAAGUUCACAAUUUAUGGGCAGGUAGUGUGUUGUGGUGUGUUGUACUGUAUGUACCUGAAACUGCCAGCAGAGGCCAGCAGAGCCCUUUGUUAGAGGCAGAGCUGCUGUGGGCUCAGGGAGGGGAACUGAGGAACCCUUCAUUCUGUUUAUCACACUGUCUGACAUCAGUUGUCCAUCACUGGAAAACCAAUUCACUCUAACUUAUUUUGCCUUUAGCUUCUACACAGUUAUGGCCUGAUAGAUGAGACGGAUGCAGAGAGGAGGGACCCUGUGGUGAGACCCUCACUGAUGUUAGUUUCCCAUUAAACAGUUUGAAAACAGAGUUGUACUUCAUCCUGCCUCCUGCAUCCUUCUCUCUGAACCUCUCUGCUUACUACCCCUAAAUGUAGAAGCAUGUGUUUGCAAAAUGAUUCAUUACUGAGAUUCCUAUCUGACCCUGGCUGUUCAAAAAUAAUCCAAAGCACCUUUGUAUUCUCAUGUUAAGGUACAGUUUAUCACCAUCAGUAUAUCACCCUGAUGAGCAGUCAGUCUGGGAGGAUUCAUUCACUUAAGAUGGUCUAGAUUUUUUUUAUAAAUUGUCUUUAUAUCCUAUGGUUCCCAGUGAUCCAGCAGAUGGUGAAUGUUAGAAUAUUAUGGGAAUCUAAGUAUGGUAUAGUGUUGAAUUUUGAGAGCCAGGUAGGGUGCUCCAAACUGAUCACAGAGAAAUUUAAAUAUACCUCUACUUUAAAUCCACUUAAAGCUGCUACGUGUAGAUUUUUCAGUACGUGUAAUAAUAACAUCAGGGUUUUCCAGAGGUUUGUGGAGGGCUUGUGUGCAGUGGUGGUGUGUGUUUUGGGGGUAAUGGGUGAAGGGUGUGUUGGGGUCCUCCCCCCAAGUAAAUGUCACGUUCUUUGAAUAAAAUCUAUGCAUUUUCACAUCAUUUUGGACCAUUAUCAUUAUAGGAUUAGCAACAACAGGUAUUUUGCAGCACACUCUUGAUGAAAAGUAAAAUAUGUGCUCACUCUGCACCAUUCAGAAUGACAGUGGUAAAAUAAGGCUUAGUGAAUGGAUUUGAAUGAUGAGUUUCUCCGAUUCCCACAGCCAUUUGGAACAACAAUUGUCUUCUUCCAUAAAUUUCUGUUUGGCCAGAUGUCUGUUGGCAGGUUAUUUUCUCAGUAGCCAUAACCACCUGACUGAGUUAGUGUAGUGAGUCAGUUCCUCUCUCAGAAUGGUUUUUUCUGACAUUUGACAGUUUUCAGACUGUCUGUCAGAGCUCAACAUCUGUUUGACAGAUUUUCUCUGUGGUUCAUUUCAGCAGUAAAGACGUUGGGAGGUGCGGUUUUCAUGAAUUUAUUUUCUUCUCUGUGAAAUCAGAACACGUUCAGACCAGCUCGCAGAAACUCCUGAGGGUUAAACUGGGCUAACCAGACAUUUUUUGGGCUGAUAAACCCCUCAAAAAUCUAACUAUAAACAGACUGAAAACACUCACUAGCCUUGCAACAUAAGGCUACGUACAACACACGCCAUAGUUUUGUUGGUAGAAAAUAAGCCGAUUGUAGUGAAAAUUGGUUUUGGUCUCCAGUUUCAUGGCAGUAAUAACCAACAGGACCAUGGUGGGGUAUGUUCUUGUGUUUCCAGUGGCACACAGCUGGCACUGUGUGUGUCUGUCCUGAUGUGCAUGUGUUGCUGCUCUCCCUGUUUUUAGGAGAGCACAGACACACAUACACUAUAAUAUUACACUGAUACUUUCACUGCUAUAUGAGAAGAACAAUAAACCCACUGUUAUGAAGCUGCAGCAGAGUUUUAGUUUCAGCUUUAGUUGAAAAAAGACCAUACUUAUACCAUGAAAUAUAACAGUGACACUGGUUUAUAAGGUUUUACACUUAACAGCUAUCAUUCAGUAACUUGUUGAGAGCAGCAUUUAGCUAAGAGAUACUAAUUUUUCAUGUAAACCUGCUGAGGAACAACACUUCAGCUGCCUGCAUGAAAUAUCCCAGCCAUGAUGAAUACAAGUGGUAGAAAUCACAUGCACACAGACUUAGAGUUGGUUAAAUAGCCAGUUGAUGAAUAUAGACAUUAAAAUGUUGUAAUGGAUGCUCCUCUUUAUUGUCAGCUGACGGAGUGUUUGUCCUCAGUUGGCCGAUGUUGAUUGUCAGUGACAAGAUAAAGUUCCACUGAAUUGUGAUGUGGUUUAUGAUUUCAGUAGCUGAGAUGGCAGCCACACAGAUUAGAGAUGUCCACUUAUUUUCCAAUUUCAGUAUUGUGUACUUUCAGGCUGGUAAGUAACAAGAAGUUGAAGUACAGAAAUGAUUUGAGUUCACCAUUGUACACUGAGUUUUACAGUGUAAAAUUUCCCUCUCAGCUGUGUGUCUUCCAGGAAGACACACAGAGAUACAUUGUGAUCAGACUUUUUAAACUCUCGAGUCAGUGACAGAUGAUUUUUACCUAGCUCCAUCUCUUCAGUUGGUCCAUUCUGCUGUAGGACACUCGUGAAACUCGAGACCAAUAUGUUUCUUUCAACUCCUCAUUCUCAGUGUCUCUGGGUGGUGUCUAUUACAGGGUACCAUAUUCAGGCAUUUUCAAAUGCUACACAUAGUGGCUUUCAUUUUUAAAAAAACAAAAACUGUAUUAAUCAAAUAAUCACAAGGGUAAAAUUUAGAAAUCUCCCACAACCUCACCUGCUUAGCAGUUUACCUAAUGCUGAAACAAAGGAGCUAAAUAAUAAUAAAUGUGUUCCUUUCUCUCUUUGGAGCUUCAUUUUCCUCUGCUAGCGGUGAUAGUUUUUCAUCCAGCAAAAGGCCCACACCAGGGAUCCUCCCCAUCCCCUUUACUUUUUGAAAUGUUCAUUCAACCCUUAGUUCAAGCUGUUCACUAGUCAACGAAUCCUUUUUUGUUUCUGUAAAAAGAGGCACAUGUCAGGGUUCCCCGCUCUCUCCCCUCGUUUUUCUUAUAGUAAACUGAACAGUAAUGUGAUCAUGUCAUGUCCUUGUCUGUGGGAAUAUUGAGUGUUUCCUGUCACUAUCCUAACCUCCUAGAUGAUCAGGAUGAAGCAUUCAUCUUGCCUUCACUGCUGUAAGAAGGAAAACUCAUGUUUUUUCCCAAACAACACACUUGGCCAACAAUUACACAUCAGUAUUUGCUGUUGUAAUAAUAUGCAGAGAGCAGCAUCAACAGAGACUGCAGUCUAUUUUUGCUAAGCUUUAGCAGCUCCCUUAUUUUAAUAUACAACACCCAGAGGAAGAAUAAUUUCAAAUGUGCAUUUUCAGAACUUGUGAAAUAUGAACAGAGAAUCAGCUGGUGAACCCGAACUCCACAGAUGUUUAUACCGAGCACUAUAUUUUGUAAUCAGAUCUAUUUUGGUGACAGGAACAGUGUACAGAUAUGUGCAUGUAUUUUAUUCUCCCUGUGUCACACUUGUACUUGUUGUACAGAAACAUGUUUUAGUAUGACAAUCUUUUACACAAGAUUUGGAAUCGCUGCAAAAUAUCUAUUUGUAAAUAAAUGUCUUUUUCUACA